AUGUCAAUCAUAAUUUAUCUUGCUUGGUGUACCGUAUGGAGAAACUCUGUCCAUGCAAAGCAGGUAAACAUAGCCAUCAACGAAACUGCAAGGGCCGUGUCAGGAUGCUUAAAACCAACCCCAGUGGACAGUAUAUACCCUCUCAUUGGGGUAGCUCCACCAUAUAUAAGAAGAAACGUGGCAGCCGCAGUAGAACGACAGAAGCAAGUGACCGACCACCGUCAUCCACUAUAUGGGCAUCAACAGCAGCCCUCUAGACUCCGGUCAAGAAAGAGUUUCCUCAAAACCACUGAGAUACAUUCAGUAACACCGGAAGUAUUAAGGCUUCAGCUAUGGAGGCAGGAGGCUCAACAGCCACCAGUAGAACUCAGAGAGGAACUCCCUGCAGGCUGUCACCUGCCUUACCCCACAUGGAGGACCCUAAAUAGAUUGCGAAGUGGGGUCUCGAGGUGCAAAGUAAACCUCAUGAGGUGGGGGUACUAUGAAGGAGAACCAAACUGCACAUGUGGGGCCCCUCAGGACCAUGAACAUCUACUAGUUUGUCCAGAUUUGUACAGAACAUGCUCCUGGCUCGAUCUUAAGGAGGCAAAUGACGAAGCCAUAUAUGUGGCAGAUUAUUGGAAAAAUAAUAUCCAACUGAGCUGGUGUUUUUUUCCGGACACGGAAAGUACCCAACUGCCACGUUUCACAGAACACCCUGUAGACCUCAACUUGUACCGUAAUGAGCCGGCAACCCUGGGUUGUGCCGCGGACGACGGUAACAUACAGUGGUACAAGGAUGGACUCUUAGUGAGCCCCUCGGCCAGUCGUGUGCUGCUGCCGACGGGAGCUCUGCUGUUCCUCAGGGUUGCACCUCGGGAUUCAGGAGUCUAUUGGUGUAGCGCAUCCAACCAGGCUGGGGUCGUGUACAGCAGGAAUGCUACUCUUCAAGUUGGAGUGCUGCAGGAUGAGUUCCGCAUGGAGCCGUCUACUCAGAGAGCCGCCCAGGGAGACACAGUGUUACUGGAGUGCGCUCCUCCUAGAGGCAGUCCAGAACCUCUGGUCUACUGGACCAAGGACGGAAAUUCAUUGGACAUAGCUACUGACAGGAUACAAAUUGUGGACGGCGGAAAUCUUGUGAUACGAAAUGUCCGGAAAAAUGAUGAAGGCAGUUAUCAAUGUGUGGCUAAGAAUGCUGCGGGAAUCAGAGAAUCUGCUGUUGCUCAACUACAAGUACAUGUACGUCCAUUUCUCAUCAAGGGCCCAGUGGAUACAGUGGCUGUCGCUGGAUCAACCGUUGUCUUCCAUUGCCAGGCGGGGGGAGACCCAGCCCCCGCAGUGGUGUGGGUCAAGACACGCGGAGGCUACAUGGCGCAAGACAGAGCCCAGGUGCUGGAGGACUGCAGACUACAGCUGGAGCAUGUGACAGCAGCAGACGACGGAGCGUACACUUGCGAGAUAGACAAUGAUGUCGGUGGACUCAGCACAACGGCUACUUUGACAGUGCAUUCUUCCCCGCUGAUUAGCGUCCGCCCUGUAGAACUGACAGUAGAGGAAGGACAGGAUGCAGUGUUUUCCUGUGGGGUUGUAGGAAGACCAUCCCCUACAAUAUUCUGGCUGGUGGAGGUUAACCACACUCUGAUAUUGCCGGGUAGUGAGAACGGGAGAUUCGCCGUGUCUUCGGAGGAGGAGGGCCAUGUUACCUUGACUGUAAAACAGGUGAAGAGAGAAGACGAUGGACUUGUAGUGAUGUGUGGCGCCGUCAAUUCCGUCGGAUCAGACUCAUGGUUUUCUCGUCUAACUGUGUCCACCCCCGCAGAUCAUCCCCCGCCUAUCAUCCAGCUGGGCCCCGCCAACCAGACACUGCCCCUGCAUACCCCCGCCACACUGUUGUGUAAAGCUUCUGGCCAGCCAACCCCCGUAGUGUCCUGGUACAAGGAUGGUGUACCAGUCAAAACUGAUCCUCCGAUGAUAAGCAUUUCGGACGACGGCACACUUACGAUCAAAGAUCUUGUAAAGAGUGAUGAAGGUCUCUACACCUGUGUGGCGUCCUCACCUGCAGGCAAAGCAACAUGGAGUGCAAGCCUCCGCCUAGAGCCCCGCACUAACCCAAAUGCUGCGUUCUUCCGUAGUCCAGAACCUGCUACUUUACCAGGUCCUCCCAGCACCCCUGUCCUGGUAGACUCUACUGACUCUAGCAUCACGAUAUCUUGGACUAGAAACAACAAGAUCGGCGCAUCCUCACUUCUCGGAUACCAAGUAGAAAUGUUCAGCAGGUCACUGACAGGGGGUUGGCUCGUAGUCGCAAGGAGAGUCGCUGGUCCUACCUACACCCAGAACUACCUCCAGUCCAACGCCUCGUACAAGUUUGUAGUGAGAGCGGAGAACUCCCACGGCCUGUCGUCUGCUUCCCCUCCCUCCGCUACCCUAUCACUGAUGACUUCUCAUACCGAAGACGCUGGGGUCCAAGAGGCUAGGGCGAGUCUGUCCACGGGACAUGUGGUUAACUUGAAGUCUGUGCAGCCUGUGUCUUCAACCUCUGUCAAAGUGACUUGGGAGAUUCUGAGUGGAGAUCACGUCGAAGGAGUGUUGAUCUAUUCUCAAGACAAAAACACAACUUCGUCAGUGUCGGUGCUUCACUCGAGAGAUUCUUCGAGCUACUUGGUCACUGGAUUGCAGCCAUACACUCAGUACCAGUUCUUCCUCAUACCAUUCUAUAAGACAGUGGCAGGCCGACCGUCCAACUCUGCGACCGCCGUGACUUUGGGAGACGUUCCUUCAGAACCUCCUGGUCAUCUACAGGCUGUGUUGGUCAGCAAGAGCAGUGUUCAGCUAAAGUGGAAACCUCCAACGUAUGGUCAAAACGGGAUCAUUACAUCUUAUCAGGUGAUGGUCAGAGUUGGGAACAGUGUGAGCAACGUCACAGUUUCUGCAGCAAACCCUUCCCUCCUUCUGACCAAUCUGACCGUGGGGAUUGUCUAUACAGUCCAGGCAGCAGCGGCUACUAUAGUAGGGGUUGGACCCUACAGUAACCCAAGGUCUCUAAGGCUGGACCCAACAUCUGCACUGUCCGGACACUUUGGCCAGCCAAUCAACAUGCAGCCUAGCCUGGAUAUGACAGAACCAGAUGUUUUGUCCGAGUCGUGGUUUACAGCACUUCUAGGCUCCAUGGUUACAGUAAUGUUCUUGUUCUUCUCUGCGAUGUUCUAUGUGUGGCGGAAACAGAUUUUAAACAACAAAGGAUAUCAACAAGAUGCCCAGAGGAAUAGUGAAGUUCUCGGUUUUCGUGUGAUUCCACCUCCUCUCUCGGAUCUGUGGAUAGACCAACAUAAAUCUGAAGCCAAAGAUUGCGCUGAGAUCAAUGGACAAAGCUACGAUGAUACGUCAGCUGCCUAUGCAUAUACAACUCUUGUUCCACCGUCUGCGAAUAGGAGCAUUGACUGCAAUAAAGGCACAAACUAUGGCCCAUCUUACACUUCCUUCGGUUACUACGGGAGGAAAAUAUAUUGUGACAACUACAAUUACAACUGCCUCAGCAAUAAGGAAUAUUCCAAACUAAUAGGUAAUUCAAGUCCUACGGUCACUCAUGUUACUGAACAAGGAGGGACUGAGAUGGAAACAGAGGGGGAAGAUAUGAAGAGCAUUCAGCCAAGCAAACCAUCUCUCUUGCCUAGAUUUUAUCCAACUGUAAACAACGCUUUAUUGACCUCAAUCCCUGGCAGAAGCAGACAGCAGGACAAGAUCUAUACAGAGAUUGGUAUUGAGAGAAACUCAAUAUAUUAUCCCCAAACGAGAAAACUGUCUACGUUUAGCUGUCAGACCCAAAUCCAUUGCAACCAAAAUCAUAAUACAAACAUAUAUCACUCAACUACAGGUGAACCUCAAAGAUUAACCUAAUUUUUGAUCACGCAGCAUUCAACGAAAGUAGGGUGUUGAUUUGCAAAAGUGGGUGAAGCAGUCAUUGUUGGAAGCCAUGGACUUGCUAAAUCUUUGUUUCUAAAAAUAUUGGAAGUUAAAGUUGAUAACUGAACUAUCUGGUUGAUGUGAAGUUGAGUAAGCAAUGGAACGGAAAGUCGACAAGUUCUGUUCUACUGCUUUUCUGGAGAAUCUAAGGUCUGUGAAGAGAGAUCAAUCAUAUUGAUUGUCUCUAUUUAUUUUACCCAUUUAUUUAUCUUUUUUUUCUUGUUGCUACUCCUGUGCCUUGUUACUACACACCUUUUA